CAGCAUGUCGCCGUAUCGAUCGACGCGAGGUAGUAGGCGCCCGGCCGCCGUACGGGGAGCACGUUAUUUGGUGUUGUUUGACCAUUGUCGCCAUAACCUCACCGCGCUACUACUCCAGUUUACAGCCUGGUAGACGGUGGGUGUACGUUCUUCACAAGAUAAUUCCAUAAGGUACGGAGCGAUACAGUCAGCUUUAUUCAGUGACCUACAAAAGAAAUACAGAUAAAUUAAUCACAAACAAAAAACAAGAUGGCGGCGUUCGUAGCAAAGCAGAUGGUGGGCAACAAGUUAAGCGCAGUUAAAGGCGCGGUUGGUGGUGACGGCGAUGACAGCGACGACAAGGAGAAGGAAGAAGAAGCGGAACGUGAACGGCAGGAGGCCAUCCGUGAAGCUGAGGAGAGACGUAAGGAGAAACAUCGCAAGAUGGAGGAAGAGAGGGAGAAGAUGCGACAAGAGAUUAGGGAUAAGUAUAAAAUCCCAAAGAAAGAGGAAAUGGUUGAGCAACAGCAACAGGAGCCAGAUAACCCUCUCAUGAGGAAGAAAAAAACUCCCGAGGAGUUGGCUGCUGAAGCGGAACUCGAAGAUCAGGACGAGUUCACGAAAUUGAAGAACACCAUCGAGACCCAGGUGAACGAGCUGAAGUCGCAGAUUGAGAGCAAAUGCGUGAUGCAGUGAGCAUCGCGGCCGAGGCUGAUCAUUCCGUCACAUCACACACACACAGUACUAACCCUCAGAACCAUUUCGCUCAAACAUUUCGUAGGAGAGAUUUGAAUUCUAAAUUAUUUCGGACGUAGUUGGCUAGUGGCGCGUUGGUGCUUGAUAAUAAGCAAUAAUAUUUUUAUACAUUCAUAAUAAAGAGCCUCGACACAACCGACCCACGUUGAUGCGUUAGGUCAAAAAGUCAUCGCUGCUGCGAUCAGACAUUAGGAUAACCUGUUUUAUAUGUUAACGCUUGUGAUAUAUUGUUAUUUAAGUGUAAAGAUGAAAAUUUUAAUACAACUUACGGUAUAAAUAGCGCGAAUAAUUUAAGAAGUCUUGCACGCGUCUAAUUCUGCUCUCUCUUCCCCUUGGACUCCGACUUACAUUAAAAUAACAAUGUAUUCGAUUGUAAUAUUUGUUUCAUCCAAAUUCCCCUCGGCUCGGUUGGCACUUGGCAGCCGGCAGUUGGCAGUUGGCACUGGGUGUGGCUUGCGCUCUUCGAUCUUCUCUCUCAGCUCUUCGACUUUGCCUCUAAAUCUUUUGCAUGUUCGCUUAUUCAAUGUGUACGGAUCGUGUCAAGUAUUCCGUUAGGAUAGUAUACCUUAUCGACCUAGCCUUAAAGUCCACAUCGAAAUUGUAAUUCAUAGUUAACAAUAUUGUUGUUAUCGAGCGUGACUCGCUCAUGUUCGUUGUCAUUUUGUUCUUGCAUGUCUAAUAUAAGAUCAAUGUUCGUUUAGUAUAUAAUAUUGUAGAUACGACACCUUGUUGUUCCGUUUGUCAGUUAGAGUAGUUGACGCGAAUCUAAUGUUUAUCGAUGUUUUAUGCUUAGAGUAAAGUUAAUGUUGUGCGAGUAAAUUUUUCGAGCGAUUGGUGUCGUACGUUUAUGAAGAUCCGCCAGCCUAUGAUUGUCCGUUUUGAAACAACUGUAUACGGAAAAUUAAUCUAUGAGUUGUAUUGCGGAUGGGAAUGCAGGUUAAUGAAUUGUAGAAUGGAUAAUUGUUCGAAUAUUAGACUCCACUUAAGCUGCAAAUGCAAAAGAUUUGUUAUCGUCAAAAGCUGUGAUAUAAGAAUAAAAUAAACUAACGCUGUGCGCCCGACGCGGCCCGACCGCUCGCGCCCUUUCAUUCUCUUACAUUAGCUCUUACGUAUUUCCCUUUUUGAUCUUUCACUAUAAUACUAUUAUCAUCUUCGAAAAGCACACUUCAACAUAGUUACGCUUUCAUAGCAAAGCUUGGACAAUUAUUGCCACCUUCAUCAUUUAUACUUUUAGGUCAAUUAAAACUACCUUUGCAAAACUCUAUUCCAUAUACACCCCAAAUGUAAAUAUGAAUCAAUAAUUUCUGAUUCUGUAUAAAGUUAUAUUUUCAGAUAUGAUACCUAUUUCUCGCAAUAUAUUUUCUUAGCUUACUUCAAUAGGUCUCGCUAACACUUCUAGCCACUCAUUAAACUCACAAUCAUCCGAUCAGGUCAAGCGACCGGUCUCUAUAAGCUAUUUAAAACUUCACAAUCUCUAAUAAUUAAGAUAAAAGUUAAAUCUUCACAGUGUACGUGUGUUAGGCUAGGGUUAAUCAUAUAUUGUAAUAGUUCUAUGUGCGCAUGACAGAUUAGCUAAACGGUUGUUCGUAGAUAUUUGGGAUAUACAAUUAUAGGCGUAAGAUUCCACCUUGUCUGUUGAAUGUUUUAAAUGAUUUUGGCAUGACCAAUUUUGAAAUUAACUUUUGGAUACAGAGCUCGAGUACUAAAUAUCUGAAAACGAAUCCAUCUUUCACUAACUUUGCCAAAAAAUAGAAGUUAUUGAAAUGGUGGCAUGAAUUUUAAUUUCUUAAAUUGACUCGCUUGAACUUUGGCUUCAGCUGCCAAUGUUUUAUUAUGAAUGUAAAAUUCUAACUGUUGAUCGACCGUAUAACUUUGAGGAUUUAUUUCAUGUUACCAAUCAUGACUACUAAUGUUUUCAGAUCUUAAUAGCUCAGCCUACGAAAUUUGUACACGUCUUAACCUUCUUGCUCUUUCCUCUAUCCCUUUCGCCUGUAGAACUAUAAUCUUCGUUGUUGGCUCUCACUACGUAGAUAUAGUUGGUUAGAGAAUUAUUUUGAUACGUAGCGAGUUUUAGAUGUAAUGUAUAUUAAUAAAUUAGCUAACUGUCACUAAUUUCAAAAAGCUCGACCGUCGCGUGUGGCUGCAUGAACAUUAAAGCUCUGAAAGUGUGACGUGUCGUUUUCUCUCAUGUGUCUUUCUUACACGUUUCAAAUAUCCACGGAUUACGAGUAGACGCUUUUAAAGCCACUGUAUGUAUGUAAGCUUUAGAUGUUUGGUGUAUAGUAACGUAUAACGAAUGAUUAUGGCAAGGUAAAUGAUUGCUUCGAAACGCGAAGGAAUUUGGGUGAUAUCAAAUGGUUGUCGCAUGUUUUUUUUAUUCGAUUUCACUUGUAUUAAGCUACUAUGUAUAUAAUUAACGGAUUUCACACACUCACACCCUAAAAUCUUUCAAGGUUAGAUGUUUACUUAAUUUUCAUUUGAUUAAACAUUUUAUAUAAAACGAGGUUUAUACAAGGUAGAUGCGUAGUAUAGAAAUAAUUAUACAUUAUUUGAUAAAUGCCGUGAGAAUUUGACUUAUUUAUUACAUUUGUAGCAUAAUUUUUAAGACCUAAAGUGAUUUGACCAAUUCUGACUUUUCCAAAACAAAACCAGUUGAGUGAUUGAUCUUAUGACUUUUAUACUCAGGGUAAUGUUACUAUUGUUGUUUUUAUAAUAAAUCUGUUUACAUUCUUUAGAAGGUGUGACUUUUUGGCCUUGCGGUGCCAAUAUCUACCGUCUUUUUAACAAUCUUGCUUUACUCUGCUCGCACUUUUCUAAUGUAUGCGGCUAUUAGAUGGCCGUUAGUACUAACACCUGCGAGAUUUCCCUCUAUUUCAAUAUGCGUGUGUGGGUUUCUAAGUAUAAAAUAAAAACUUACAAAUAUACAUACAUAUAUUGCAAUUUAUAAUAAUUUAAACGAUGAAUUAAAAGGCGUAAUAAAAACUAUACAAGAUUAAAAAAUCAGUAAACAAAAAGCAAAAACUUAGUAAGUAGACAACUUAGAGACAACGACACUUCGUACCACACUAACACAAGAGCUUCAACACACAGUAUUAAUUGAUUGUUAGAUAAAUAUUUAUAUAUUUUGUAGACUUUUCCGAAUAGUAUAGAAAUAAUUUUGAAGAACAAGGAACUGAUGUUCAAGUGCCACAGACUGCAAAAACUGCGCUUUGAAUAAUAUUUUUCCCAAAAUUAUAAUAUCUGUAUUGUCCGUAAAAGUCUUUGUUUGUAUUUAUUUAAGUAAAAUUUUCAUAGAUGAUAUUUUAAAUAGCAUUUUACGUGAAGGCAUGUACGGUUCGACGAGCCCUUUAGUCCUUGCUGCCCUUGAGAAAAAUAUUGAAACAACUUUGAGGUCUCGUUCGUCCCGGUACCUGCUUCACUUGUUCACAUAGGAUAGUUAUUUAGCCAAUUUAAGAUCACCUAGUGCGUCAGCUUUUAAUAUUAGUGACAUCUAGUGUUAAAAUUGCAAGUUUACGGAAAUUAAAACUAAAUAUUUAAAAAGUUGUGUAUAACAAAAUGUAAUUGAAUAAAUCGUAAUCCAUUAAUCAGGUAUGAACUUGGUUCAUAAGCAUGUUGUAUUGUUAUUAUAAAGAGAAGUUUGUAGUUUAUCCACGAUUAAUUAACUUAGAGUAAUGGAGGAAAACGAAAAAGGUUAUUGUUGAAAAUGUUUUUAGGUAAAUAAAUCGGAUUGAGCUUUUGUGAAAACCUUGUUGUUACUGAUAAGUUCUCAUUUUCCGAGCUCGGCCGACAGACUGCCAUUCUGUGGUCAUGCAACUAAUUAGUUUAAACUGUCUCUACUAUCACUUACGUAGUUUCGUACUAGAAUAGGCUUUUUCGCUACUUAUUGAUUUAUAUUUAACUGUUGCAAUGCAUUGUUAAAUUUAUUUACUCCUUAUUAGUUAUGUAUAAAGUUUAGAGGUAGCCAUUUUCAUAUUAACUUACUGUGAGUGUGAAAGUGGUGUAUCUACCAUGUUGUUAAAUAAUAAAUAAACUACAUUGUACCACCA